AUGCGCGGGACCAUCUGCUGAAGACAAAGUCGCAUUGAACGCGCUUUCGUAACUCUUCGAGGCCACAAUGGUCACUAUUGCGCAGAUGUAUGGCCGCGCCAUUGAUCUGGCUACUAACCCGGCGCAUAGUCGCUGGCAGUCGCCAAUCCUGCUUCUGGUUGACGCGGCGCUGUGCUUCGUGAUAAUCUGGAAAGUGCCUUAUACCGAGAUCGACUGGGAGGCAUACAUGCAGCAAGUUGCUCAAUUCCUAUCCGGCGAACACGACUAUGUCAAGAUUGCAGGUGGAACUGGGCCCCUGGUCUACCCAGCUGUGCAUGUCUACAUUUACUCGGGACUAUACUGGCUUACGGAUAAGGGGAGGGAUAUCAAACUCGCCCAGGGCAUAUUUGCAGCUUUGUAUCUACUCACAUUGGGAGGGGUAAUGGCAUGCUAUAGGAGAGCUAAGGCGCCACCUUAUAUAUUCCCUAUGCUGAUUCUGUCGAAACGAUUACAUAGCAUCUAUAUACUGAGAUGUUUCAACGACUGCUUCGCCGUGCUGUUUUUGUGGAUGGCCAUUUACGCCUACCAAAGGAGAGCAUACACCAUGGGCACGAUAAUUUACAGUCUUGGUCUCGGAGUUAAGAUGAGCUUGCUCCUUGUUCUUCCAGCUCUUGGGAUCAUAUUCCUCCUUACAAACGGGGUAUGGACGGGGUUACAGCAGGCUACUAUAAUGGCUCAGCUCCAGGUCCUCUUCUCAACCCCAUUUGCCUUGGAGAAUGCCAGAGGGUAUUACGGGAGAGCCUUCGAGUUCUCCAGGGUCUUUCUUUUCAAGUGGACAGUAAACUGGCGAUUCAUCGGCGAAGAAGUCUUCCUGAGCAAAGGGUUCUCAACCGCCCUACUCCUAGGGCAUAUAAACGUUCUAGCCAUCUUCGCCAUAACACGCUGGCUCAAAACAGCAGGUCGACCCAUCGAAACAAUGAUAACACGAACGCUCCGUCUCCAAGAACCGCUAGGCAACGUACAAAACUUGGUCUCUCAGCGCGUAACACCACAAUACGUGCUCACAACGAUUCUGACUGCAAAUGUCAUUGGCAUUCUGUUCGCUCGCUCGCUUCACUACCAGUUCUACGCCUACCUCGCCUGGUCGACGCCCUUCCUCCUCUGGCAAAGCGGCAUGCAUCCCAUCCUGCAAUACGUCCUCUGGGCCGCGCAGGAAUGGGCCUGGAACGUAUACCCCAGCACGGACCUCAGCUCCCAGGUCGUCAUCGGCGUCCUGGCCCUCACCGUCGCCGGCGUAUGGUGGGGCACAGGGCGCGAGGAGUACGCGGAGAUCCAACCUGAGGUGCGCGACGACGUGAAGUAGUCCAUUAUCCACAACUAGGGCUUUACUGCUCAUCAUCCUCCUCGUCGCUUGACGGCGGCAUCUUCCCCACAGUCGACUCCUCAUCACCUGAAUCCGCAUACGGAUCCACCUUAACGAACUCCUUCGGCCUGCCCACCCGUCCGUUAGCCCUCCAUCAUAACCAUUCGUCGCAGCAGGGUAACUCACCAAUACGCCUCCUUCCUCCACUCCCUCUCAUCACGCACGACAUUCAAGAUCUCCCCUCCCAGCUUGUUCUCCCGCACCUCCCCAUCCUUGGUAUCCACCAGCACGUACCCGCCGCGCUUGAUCCAGAUCGUGUUGCGGAAGCGCGAGGGCAGCUCGAAGAGCAGUUCCUUGGUGUUCGGGAGCGCGCAGAGGUACAGGUUGUUGCCUGCGGCUUUGACGACGCGGGCGAUGGACUGGGUGGGGG